GGGCUGCAAUUCUUCCGCAUAUCCACGCCCCUCUCGCGCUUGUCCCCCUAUCCAGGGCCGUGCCUGGCCUGGAAUCCCCACCCCUGCCCCUACCAAGCACCAUCCCCCUACCAGCCAGCUCGCUCCGGCUCGCUCCGGUCCGGGGCCGCCCCCCGCCCCGCCCCGCCCCUGCCGGCCGGGGUUCCCGCACGGCUUGCACUACGACCCCCGCGCGUCUGUGAACAUGGCGCUGCGAGCCGUGCGGAGCGUGCUGGCUACGGCCUGCAGCUUGCGCGUCACGUCCGCGCCCACUGCACCCUGCCUGCUGCGGCCCUGGGGACUGAGGGCGGGUACCGUCCGGACACUGCGCACAGGCUCGGCUCUGCUCUCCGUGCGUAAAUUCACAGACAAGCAUGAAUGGAUAACAACAGAAAAUGGUAUUGGAACAGUGGGAAUCAGCAAUUUUGCACAGGAAGCUUUGGGAGAUGUUGUUUACUGUAGUCUGCCUGAGGUCGGGACAAAACUGAACAAACAAGAGGAGUUUGGUGCUUUGGAAAGUGUGAAAGCUGCUAGUGAACUCUAUUCUCCUCUGUCAGGAGAAGUAACUGAAAUUAAUGAAGCUCUUGCAGAAAAUCCAGGACUUAUCAACAAAUCUUGUUAUGAAGAUGGUUGGCUGAUCAAGAUAGCACUCAGUAAUCCUUCAGAACUGGAUGAAUUAAUGAGUGAAGAAGCAUAUGAGAAAUACAUAAAAUCUAUUGAGGAGUAAAAAUGGAACCCCUAAAUAAACUAGUAUGAAACAACUUAAUCUAGCAUAGUUGUCUUAAAUUAGUGGUACACAGAGGAUUUUAAAAUAGCAACUAUUAGCAAUAACAGUAGAAAAAGAAACUACUUGCAACAAUGCUAAUGGAAGAAAAUACCCAACUUUAUAAUGACUGCAGAAAAACAGUAUGCCUCUGUUUUGCAACACCAUAUGAUUUUUAUGCUCCAGUUAUGAUACGCAGAAUCCUGAAAUUAUCUGUGGUUAAAAACUAGUUAUAAAAACCAUGUAAUUGAAGGAUGACAUUGUUACCUUAAGCCAUAGGGAAUAUUGUUUAACUUCCUUACAAUCUAUCCGUGGAUGGGGGGUCAAAAUACUUAAAUAAUCUUUCCAUUGGAAAUAACUGGCAGUAGAGAAAGGUUAGUUGUUCAGUGCCAGAUAAAAACAAUACUACCUUAAUUUUGCAAUAUACUGCACUUGCUGGUGCUAUUUUUAUACAGUGAAGCAACAGCUUUGCAAGAAGAUAAGUCGUUUAAUAAUAAAACAUUCAACUUCUUCAUUACUCAUGUUUUUUUGUUUUGCACUUAAUAUUUCAUUUAGUGACUCUGCUAGUAUUUGUGAAAAUGCUCAUUUUAACAAAUGCAGAUUUUAAC